UUCAAUGCAAGAGUUAAAAACCAGGUCGGCUGAAGGUAUAUAAAGACAUGGGCUACGAUCUAGUGACACGCUUUUUAACUUCUCCUAUUACGUCAGUACAAGAGUUAAAAACCAGGUCGGCUGAAGGUAUAUAAAGGAAUGAGUUACGUUCUUGACUAUGAUAGUUUUGUAAAGAAAGAAAAGAAUAAGAAUCUUGAAAAAUACGCACACCGUGGAACUUUCUGUAUAUUGAAUUUAAAUAUGUUCGAAUUCACUGCGCUUGUAUUUUCUCCGACGGUGAUGGUGGUUUUUCUGUUGGUGUUUCUGGUCGGACUAUUACUAUUUCGUGUACGAGACUUACCGCCGGGGCCGACACGGAUACCGGUCAUCGGAACGCUGUGGUGGUACGUGCUGCAGCAGCUGCGAGGACGGCGCAUGCCCGUGGCCUUGUUCGAGGAGUCGAGGCGCCAUGGAGACGUACAACUAUAUUAUGUUGCUGGAAACACCAUCGUCUACUUGUUUGGCUAUGACGCUAUACAGGAAGCGUUCGUUAAACGAGCAGAUGACUUUAGCGGGCGACCAGACUGGCUAUUCAAAGAUCUUCCGUCACAUGGUAUAGUUUUCUCAAACGGAACAAAAUGGAGAGCCAUCAGGAAGUUCACGUUGGUCGCUUUGCGGGACUUUGGAGUGGGCAGAACUUCGCUGGAGGAAAAGAUUAUGCGGGAGGUGGACGUGGCCGCGGAACUUUUAAGACAAAACGUCGAACAACCCAUUGAAAUGAGAUGUAUUUUUCACAAAAUGGUGACCAACAUCAUCUUCAAUAUAAUAUUUGGUAAAAGACUGGAGUAUGACAGUCGAGAGUUCGCGGAGGUGUCCGAGAAGAUGCAAAGUAUCCUGACAGACGGCGCUGUCAUAGAGCCGGCCAGCCUCAUUCCCGGGUUCGUAUGGAAACUCAUCGGCAGCGAUAAGCGGGCAGAUGCCAAAGCAACACAGAAGGAGACGUUGGCGUGGGUGUUCAGUUAUGUGGCAGGACAGAUCGAGCAGCACCGGGACACGUUCCAGUCGGACCAUAUCCGGGACUUUGUGGAUCACUAUCUUUUGCAGGAGCGGGAAGACUCAGCUGCCGGUGGGAAAUCAGAAAUCACCAAGGAGCUGAUGUUUGGAGCAAUCAUAGAUAUGUUCGUGGCGGGAACGGACACGACCGCCAACACGCUCAACUGGGCUGUUCUCUUUCUGCAGGAGAACCCGGAAGUGCAGCGCCAGUGUCAGGCGGAGAUCCGAGAGAAAUAUGGAGAACGACAAAUCAACUGGUCCGACAACGGCACUUUACCAUACACAGAGGCAACCAUUCUUGAAAUCCAAAGACUUGGAAAUAUAGCGGAAAUGUCAGUACCACACGCAUGCGUUAAAGAAACAACGUUUCGCGGCUACCGGAUCCCGGCCGGCUCCCUCGUGCAGGCGAACCUUCUGUCCUCGAACCUCGACUCACGUCACUGGGACAACCCCACCCAAUUUUGUCCUGAUAGGCACCUACAAAACGGCAUCCUCAAGAAAAACCCGGCGUUCAUGCCGUUCUCUAUCGGUCCUCGGAUGUGCCUGGGAACACAGCUGGCACGCAUGGAGAUGUUCCUCAUCAUCACCAACCUCCUCCAGCGCUUCCAAUUUAGGCGGGAACAUCAGGACGUUCGCCAUAAUCUCGAAUGUACGGCCGGCCAGCUAACAGCCGCCCCUACUCCGUACCACACCCGGGUCUCAACCUGUGACGUCUGACAUGUAGAUAGUUCCGGAAACGGUACUCCAAUAACUUGAACUGUUGUAGAUGAUAUAAUGUGCGCAGUGUCCCUUCUAUAGACAUGAUUUCCUCAAGAAUCGUUAUGAGAUAGGACAUUGGGUGAUUAGCGCCGCGCUUUAGAACGGCGUCAUUAUGUCAUGAGUUUUUUUUCUCUACUUUGAACUUUGAAAUUGCUAUUUAUUGUUUCUGCCACGUGUUCAAAUAUUGCAAUAAAAAUGCUUAUUAUAAAAAGAAAACCA